AUGUCACCUCGAAUUUUGAGCUUUGUGUACCCAGCUCGCAAACUGAUCAAUCUCAACCAAAACCCGUCACGAGAAAGCCAUGCCAGGAAACCGCCGUUACUCACCGGAGUGCAUCCAGUACGCCAGCUACAUCUGGCCAGCAGACUGGCAGCCAGAAGGAACAUCAACACCAACCACAACCCAACAUGUCUCAAUCAAUACCAGCAAGAACAAAAUUGCGCCUGCUGUAUUCGCUCCUACUACUACGUCACGCCCAGCCCUCAAGCCUUCCAACGGUACCGUUUUGUCUUAUCCCGUUGCGAACAGUUUGACCCGUGGCUUCUUGAUCGUCACGGCUACAGCAAGCUCAUCAGCGACGCCACUAGCGUGGUGCUCUGGGCUAUUUGGACGAACCUCGUCUACGACUCGCAUUUGGUGUACAUGAGCGUGGAUUACUUUUAUUUCUUGAUUGAUUGGUUGUUGUGGAGGGUUUAUGUCCCAACAGAACCCUUCCCCUUCGCCUUCCACCCGCCCACCAAAACCGGCCCUCCCUACAGCGACGUAGUCGAGUACUUCCUCUGCCGCUCAGACGGGCUGAACUCUCUAGAGAGUGUCUUUGCCAAUUUGCAGUGCAGCAGCAGCAAUAGCCGAUACCACACGCGAUGGAAGAUGUUGCAAGCUAUAAGAAACAUUUUCAACGGACAUGAUUACUACGUCGGUUAUGGAGGGAGUUGUCAGUGUGGUUGUGGUGCACAUGGACAUGGACCAAGGUGGACAACCUGGAGCGAGCCAGCGCCAGUGCCGCUGCCCGUGGUGAAUUGUAUAUGUCUGCCUUGGCCUAAUGGUAGACCGAGGGAGCCGAUUGUGGUGGUUAGGAUUGAGGAGACUAGUACUACUUGGAAGAAGAAGACGAAGGAAUGUGAUAAGAAGAAGAAAAAGAAGGGUGGUGGUUGUGUGGUGAUGUAA